AUGCCUCGCCGCCCGUCGCCAGACCGUUGUCAGUUUUGCCGAAGAAGAAAGAAAAAGUGCGACGGACAAACUCCUUGCUAUGCGUGCAAAAAGGCAAACAUUGCAUGCGUCUACGCCAUACCGCAACCCGAUGCGACUGUCGAAUCCGGAAAGCAAAAGUGUUUGAAACCGAAACCUGCAAAACCAAAGAGACCGAUUGAUACGUUGCACAAAGCCAACGGAGUGCGCAUCCCAGACAAGACAUCCAGCACAGUCAUCGGGCAUACCAGUUCCUUGCAUCCGAAAAGUGCGACAUCAUUACGGGAGGACGGCGAUCUUUAUACAAAUUCUGAAGCAGAUUCCGAGUGUUCUAUAAUACCAAGUAUCGAAUCAUCUGCAUCGCAGGGAAGUGUUUCGACAAGUGGUGCAGAAGAUUACUCAGAUAGCUCAGCUUCACCACGACCUACCCCAUACGCCUCGCCACACCUUGACUGGUCCCAAGCCCGCGUCUUGCGCGUUCUCGACAACAUCUUACAAUGGGACUGUGUUGCCUUCUGUCUCAUCGACCGUGAAAGAUUCAAGCUGGACUUGCAGACCGGCGAGACCACGUACUGCGCGCCAGCGCUCGUAAACGCUUUGCUUGCGCUGUCGGCUGUCGUGUUUCGACACAACAUCAUCGAAGAGGUCGCCAAUCGCGAAACGGGAAAGCCGGCAUGGGACGUCCUCAGCGCUACACUUGCCGGCGAAGCUAUUCACACUCUACACCGCGGCACAUGGCUGCCAGAGACGAUACCGGAAAUACAAGCCCUUGGCGUGCUGGCGCUGUACUGCGCUUGUAAUAGUUGGAAGGAAGAGAGUCGAAACUUUGCAAUGGACUUUGCCGAGGCCAUUCGGAAAUUCUGCGUUCAGAAUGCCAAUGCAGGUAGCGAGCCUACGAGUACACGGCGCAUCACGGCUAGCACAUACUGCGGCGCCAUUUCACUAAACCGGGUACUGGUACAAAUACACAGGUACAAUAUGAGUCUGCCUCCCGACUGGUACGAAGCACCCGACGGAAGUCCAGGAUGCAAAGACGGCAGAGUCGACGGUCAAAGCUGGACAGAGCAUCUGCUACGGCCGACACUUGUCAACGACGUCUUUGUUCCGGAGCCCGACGCCCGCGGAGACGAUUUAUACGUGGUCGCGGCAGAGCUAUACCAGCUGGUAGAGCAAGUUUUCAAGACGUGCUGCGUUCCAGAAAAGGACCGUACCUUUGCCGACGCCACCGUGACGUACAUUAAAGGUCUCGAAUGGUACCAAAACUUUUUCAAAUACUCCGAGGCGUAUACAGGUCGUGAGCCCCUCAUCUACUUUGUGCACACGUACUAUCACUUUUGCAUCUUGUGCUUGUUUUCGCCGUACAUGAUGGACCCGACUAUUGUCAUCAGCUGCGGGAGCCCGCCGGGCAAGAUAUGCGAGGAGGCGGCGCACAGCAUCCUGAAGCUCAUGAGGCUGCACGAUUCACUGGCCGGCGACACGGAGCCCGUUGGCUUCAUGAACUCGUUCAAGAGCGCUUCGCUCAAGUUCCUGGACAGUUAUCGAAAGAUGCAAUGA